GUUGUUUGAUUAGCAUUAAAGGGGUGGUUCACUGUUUUAUUUCUAGGCUUGAUUGUGUUUAUGCGGCACAGUUUCUUAAUGCUUCGUUUUUAAAAAAAAACACACCAUAUUUUUCAUAUAUUUUACCUUUAUUCUACACCACUGUCUCCAUUGUCAUUUGAACGGCUGGUUUGACUUCCUGGUUCUAUGAUACCACUCCCUCUGAAAUACGCAAUGUGCUCAGAUUGGUUAGCUGGCCCAGUGUAUUGUGAUUCGCUGAAGCGUCCGGAAACGCCACGCCCCUUACCAUUAUUUGUUACACGUGCUUCAGUGGAAAUGUAAAAAAUGGCAUCAAUAUUGCUGUAUCAUAUUGAGCCCAAAUCAGACCCAGAUAGCAGUAAUGAUGAAGGGGGUCAAGCAGAACCUCUACAAGCACAUCUUUUAAAGGAUGUUUCUGAAUGGAUUGCUGUUGCAGGGUGGGACAUUGAAGGAGGGAGAUGCAGUCACUCUAAACUCUUAUUUUAUUAUGAUGGAUGAUAAUGUGAUUCAGUGGAGGUUUGGAAAGGAAAACACUUUAAUAGCUGAAAUCAAUGUAACGGCCGACAGAAUCGCUGUAUAUGAUGAUGUUCUUGAUGGGAGAUUCAGAGACAGACUGAAGCUGGACAAACAAACUGGAUCUCUGACCAUCACAGACAUCACAACUGAAAAUCUUGGAGAUUAUACACUAGAGAUCAACGGUGUGAGAAAGGAAAAUUUCCAUGUCAAUAUGCCUGUAUCAAUGACGCCAGUGUUUGUGUUGAAGGGAGAUUCAGUCACUCUAAACUCUGAUCUUACUGAAAUGAAACGUUAUGAUUGGAUUCAGUGGAGGUUUGAAAACACUAUAAUAGCUCAAAUCAAUAAAGAGUUUGACAGAAUCGCUGUAUAUGAUGAUGUUCUUGGUGGGAGAUUCAGAGACAGACUGAAGCUGGACAAUCAAACUGGAUCUCUGACCAUCACAAACACCACAGAUGAACAUACUGGACUUUAUGAACGAAAGACCAAGUUUUGGACCACUGAGUUCUUUCUUGUUGUCUUUAAUGAAAUAUCAGUGAAGGAGGGAGAUUCAGUCACUCUAAACUCUGAUCUUACUGAAAUGAAACAUUAUGAUUGGAUUCGGUGGAGGUUUAAAAAUGAGAAAACUGUAAUAGCUGUAAUCAAUAAACGAUUUGGCAGAAUCGCUGUAUAUGAUGAUGUUUUUGAUGGGAGAUUCAGAGACAGACUGAAGCUGGACAAACAAACUGGAUCUCUGACCAUCACAGACACCAGAACUGAACAUACUGGAGUUUAUAAACUACAGAUGAGGGUUUCAGACAGAUUAUCAUUAAAAGCAUUCAGAGUUUCUGUCUAUGCUCGUCUGCCUGUUCCUGUCAUCAGCAGAGAAUGUUCUUCAUCAUCAUCAUCAUCAUCAUGUUCAUUGGUGUGUUCAGCUGUGAAUGUGAGUCUUGUGACUCUCUCCUGGUACAAAGGAGACAGGUUAUUGUCCAGCAUCAGCGCGUGUAAUCUCAGCAGUCUCUCUCUACCUCUGGAGGUGGAAUAUCAGGAUGAAAACACCUACAGCUGUGUGAUCAACAAUCCCAUCAGCAACCAGACUCAACAUCUCAACAUCACUAACCUCUGUCACGCAUGUUCAGAAUCCGUUCACUGUUGUGGUCCUACUGAAGCUGUGAUCCGAUUGGUCCUCUCUGCUCUGGUGGGCGUGGCUACUGUCAUUCUUCUGGUUUAUGACAUCAGAUCCAGAAGAGCUGAACAACAUCAAGCACAUAUUCACACAUCAGAAACCUAAUGGUGUCAUUUCUCAUACUAUUUUUUGUCAUUUAUUAAUCUUAAUAUAUUUGUAAUGGCUUUAUAUGCUGGUGUUUACUGUAUGUUUAUUUUAGCUGGCUAAUUUCCACCCUAGAAUGUAAUUUGAGAACAAACAAACAGAUUUUUGCUCAUUAACUCAUUAGUGCUCAAAGUGUUUGUCAUUGUAAAUACUGGUUUUUUUUUUUUGUUUGUUUGUUUUAACAAUCUAGUCAUUUAUAUUUAAUUGGGGACUUUAAAAAUGUCUUCCAAUCACACUUAAAGUUUCACGUCUUGUAGUGUUUUUGUUCAGAUCAGACGUCUCUAAUACUGAAGCUCUUUUACUGAUUAAACACGACAUUUCUCUCAGAUAAAACACACAGAUCUCACUUUACUACUGCUGUUCAUUUGUCAUUUGCAUUUUCUUGCCUUUAUCAAUAAAGUUUUUUCACUCUGAA